ACAAACCUCUGGGAUGUUUCAGUGUAACCCUCCGCCUGCGGUAGAUGUGCUGAGGCUAGAGUAGCCACCAUUUUGAAUGUCUAGUCUGUUCCUCCCUCCAUUGCUAAUAGAGAAGAUUCCAGUUAUUUUCUGGUAUCACCACGGCUAAGAAUGCCAGCCCCGAUCAGACUGCGGGAGCUGAUCCGGACCAUCCGGACAGCCCGGACCCAGGCAGAGGAGCGUGAGAUGAUCCAGAAAGAGUGUGCUGCCAUACGCUCAUCCUUCAGAGAGGAAGACAACACGUACCGCUGUAGAAAUGUUGCAAAGCUGCUUUAUAUGCACAUGUUGGGCUACCCAGCACAUUUUGGGCAGCUGGAGUGCCUGAAGUUGAUUGCGUCCCAGAAGUUCACUGACAAGCGAAUAGGCUAUUUGGGAGCUAUGCUGCUGUUGGAUGAGAGGCAGGAUGUCCAUCUACUAAUGACAAAUUGCAUCAAAAAUGAUUUAAAUCACAGCACACAAUACGUCCAGGGCCUGGCCUUGUGCACCUUGGGCUGCAUGGGUUCCUCAGAAAUGUGUCGUGACCUGGCUGGAGAGGUAGAGAAGCUGCUCAAAACAUCCAACUCAUACCUGAGGAAAAAAGCAGCGCUGUGUGCAGUUCACGUCAUCAGAAAGGUUCCAGAGCUUAUGGAAAUGUUUCUUCCAGCCACAAAAAACCUGCUGAGCGAGAAGAACCACGGUGUUCUCCACACAUCAGUUGUCCUGCUCACUGAGAUGUGUGAAAGAAGUCCUGACAUGCUCUCCCACUUCAGAAAGAAUGAGAAGCUGGUUCCACAGUUGGUGAGAAUCCUGAAGAACCUAAUCAUGUCUGGAUACUCUCCUGAGCAUGAUGUGUCAGGCAUAAGCGACCCUUUCCUGCAGGUGCGGAUAUUGAGACUACUGCGAAUUUUAGGCAGGAGCGACGACGACUCGAGUGAAGCGAUGAACGACAUUCUUGCACAGGUUGCAACCAACACAGAGACGAGUAAAAAUGUUGGCAACGCAAUCCUGUACGAGACCGUACUGACUAUAAUGGACAUCAAAUCAGAAAGUGGACUGAGGGUGUUGGCCAUUAACAUACUAGGUCGCUUCCUUCUCAACAAUGACAAAAAUAUAAGAUAUGUUGCACUGACAUCUCUACUAAAGACGGUACAAACAGACCACAAUGCAGUGCAGAGGCAUCGGAGCACCAUUGUGGAUUGUUUAAAAGACCUGGAUGUGUCCAUCAAGAGGCGUGCAAUGGAAUUGAGUUUCGCCCUGGUGAAUGGCAACAAUAUCAGGGGCAUGAUGAAGGAGUUGCUCUACUUCCUGGACUCCUGUGACCCAGAAUUCAAAGCAGACUGUGCGUCGGGAGUCUUCCUCGCUGCAGAGAAGUAUGCCCCAUCGAAAAGAUGGCACAUAGACACCAUUAUGAGAGUCCUGACAACAGCAGGGAGCUAUGUGCGAGACGAUUCCGUUCCCAACCUCAUCCAGCUCAUCACCAACAGUGUGGAGAUGCACGCCUACACAGUACAGAGACUUUACAAAGCUCUGCUGGACGACAUCUCUCAGCAACCUCUGGUGCAGGUGUCGUCCUGGUGCAUAGGAGAGUACGGGGACCUGCUGGUAUCGGGGCAGUGUGAGGAGGAAGAGCCCAUUCAGGUGACUGAGGAUGAAGUCUUAGAUGUGCUGGAAGGCCUCCUGGUGUCCAAUCUGUCCACGCCUGUUACUCGGGGCUAUGCCCUUACUGCCAUCAUGAAGCUGUCUACUCGCUUCAGCAGCGUUAACCGAAUCAAGAAGGUGGUUUCAAUAUAUGGCAGUAGCAUCGACGUGGAGCUGCAGCAGAGAGCUGUGGAGUACAACGCGCUUUUCAAGAAAUAUGAUCACAUGAGGCCUGCUCUCCUAGAGCGAAUGCCCAUUAUGGAGAAAACUGCUACUAAUGGCCCCACAGAGAUUGUACAGACCAACGGGGAGACAGAGCCCUCUGUUCUUGACACAAAACAUCCACCACCUGUCACCCAGCCGGCCAACCAGGCUAAUGAUUUGUUAGACCUGCUGGGUGGUAAUGAUGUGGUGCCAGUGAUCCAGACCACGCUGCCCACCAAGCCUGCCUCAGCCGGAGGAGAGCUGCUCGAUCUGCUGGGGGACCUCUCACUAACUGGUGGUCCAGCCCCUGCUCCUGCCCCCUCUGUGCCCACUUCCCAGCCCCCUUUCCUCCUGGAUGGCCUCUCCUCACAGCCCCUGUUCAAUGACAUUGCAGCGGCAGGUAUCCCUCCUAUGACGGCAUACAACAAGAACGGCCUGAAAAUAGAGUUCACAUUCGAGAGAGCCAACCCCAAUCCAAACAUAGCAGUUAUCACCAUCCAUGCCUCUAACUCCACCGAGGCGGAUAUGACAGACUUCGUUUUUCAGGCUGCAGUACCAAAGACGUUCCAGCUGCAGCUCCUAUCCCCAAGCAGUAAUGUUGUCCCAGCACUCAACCAGGGAACCGUCACACAGGUUAUCAGAGUCCUCAACCCACAGAAGCAACAGCUACGAAUGAGGAUCAAGCUGACGUACACCCACAAAGGCUCGCCUGUGCAAGACCUGGCCGAGGUCAAUAACUUCCCCCCUCAGUCCUGGCAGUGAUGAGCCGCCACUGUCGCUCUCAAAACGCCCCGGCCAAGGGAACUAUGAAAAAGAUUCUCCUUUCACCUCCCUCCUUUCCUCCAACGGAUCCCCCUGUGACAUCACUGCAGACUGCUGCCCUCGAGUUGCAUGGGAAGCAGCAGAGCAUCUAACACAGGAGAAAAAAAAAAAAAUCAACAGAUGUUAUGAAGACCCCAUUUGACUAUUGACAUCACCAGAAAAAUUUGAAAACAUAUCCAUUAACUAACCUUUUCUUUUUUCUUAUUUUCCUGAUUUGAUUUUUUUGUGCUUUGUAGUACUAUUUUCAGCCCCACCCCUCACCCCCCCCAGCACUACCACCACCCACAAAAGCACACAUGCACACCACGCCCUCCCUGUGGUAUGCUCUUCCUUGAGUCACUGUAGAGAAGAACUGUAUGAGCACGUGGGUAAUCCAUAGUCUUCUUUUGAUUCACUCUUUUAUCUACCCUUAAUUUAAGGUGGACACUUUCCACAAAAAUAGAAAAAAAAAAAAUCAGCUCGUGUAGCCAACAACUUGGUUCACCAGUUAUUAUGCAUAUUUAAAUUAACUCUAAUAAUAAUUUAUGAUUGGCUUUGUGUUCAGAUUCUUCACCCGAAGGCCUGAGCCUUAAAAUCCUACAAUGGCAGCAAAAACGGCUCUGAAAGAUCUAGUGCAGUCAUGAACCUCGGGGAUGAACCUCUUUUCAGCCUGCAUCUCAUGAGUGAUUUAUCUUGUCAGACAGUCCUAUUUGUUUUGAAUUGCGUCAGUUUGCUCUGAAGCAUGUUUGAGCAGUGUUAGGAUUACAUUCACCCCUCCACUCAAGCUCGGAGGGGCUUUCCUGGUUCUGCCAGUAGGUUUCUCUACCCUAUGUUUCCAUAGGAAGUAGUCCUCACUUUGUUUUGUCGCCACUAUAGGAAAAUGAACAGAUCCACGUUGCCUAGUUUGACCACCUGUGGCUACCUGAUGUGCUAAAAGAAAUUUUCCGACAGCUCUCCCAAAAACGGAUUUGUAGCUUCUUGUUUUCUCUUUGUUUUUCUCAACAAAUUCAGCAGUUGAUUGCUUGGCAUAGUCUGAGGAUAUCGAUUCAGUCUGAGGGAUAUUAUCCACGCCCGAAAUAACAACUUGUAGUUUCAUAGUGAAAUGUAUUGAUAGACUGAUUGCAUCCAUGCGUCAGAGAUCUGUGUUAAAAGUUUUCCUGCAUCUGUGUCCGCACAGCCUAGCUUGCAACUUAGAAAUUUCAGUUUUAUUUAGCCUGGUUGAACUUGGUCACCAUGCACAUACAUGUAAAUGAAAUUUGUUAUGAAUGUAGUUACAUGCACUGAAUGCUUUUUUUUCUCUCUCUCUCACUGUCUCUCUCUCUCUCUAUCUCUCGAGUCUUCUCCUUUAUGGCUGUCUUCUUUGGAAACAGUCAUCUUGUUGGCACUAUUUUGUGAUAGUAUGUUUUUUCUGCAGUUAUUUGACUUAAUUAUUUAUGCCUGAUAUCAAAGUGAUGUGCCUUUCUGACUUUGCUAGAUAAAAUCCCCUAAACUAUUCAGUUCUACACGAGCUGUGUUUGUAGUCGUCUGAUUGUGUGUCGGUCACAUGUUAGGGUUGAUAUCCUGGUAACUCAAAACAUUAGGAAUACGGUCCAGAUGGAUUUGAAACGAUGUAUCACUUCAUUUGAAGAUUUUUACUUGAGCAUACAAAUCACAUUACAGCCAGUCCACUCACACCAUUGACUUCCUUGGGUGUCAAUACCAAUGCCACUCACCUGUUGUUAUUUUUGACAAAACAAACUACAGCAAUGUGAUGUUGUUGUUUUUUUUUCCUGUACUCUGUGUUAAACCUUACAUGGAAAACAAAAAAAAAGCCCAUUUGGAGUGAGUCAAGAAACACAAAGUGUUAAGGAUUAUCAGGGCAGCUACUGUCAGAUGUAACCUGUUCCUAAACUGGUUAUCAAGGUUUAAACUGGCGUCAAGCAUGUUUUAAAACAAACAAAAUAGUAUAAAUGUUCUCCUGAAGUGAAAUGUCAUUUUAAGACUGUUUAGUUUUUUUUUUUUUUUUUCUUUUUAAGAACAUCUAACUUGUGCGUUUGGAUCACCUGGUGAGGUACUGGGAUGGGUUGUCCUGUUGGUUGACUGUUGGUUUGAUUUCUUUGGCUCUCGUCUUCUCCAAAUCAGAAUUCCGACCUAGGCUGUCGGGGACAGUAACCUUAAUACCUCACAAUGUUUCUCUUUCUGUUAACGUUCAGCGGCACAGUAGAUUAACAGCUUUGUUUAGUCAUGAAUUUGCAGUCAAGGGGGGAGCAUCUGUACGAACGACACAAGCGAGUAGUUUCUCCAUCUCAUUACCUAACGAGCUUACGGCAGCCCCUUCGAUGCUGUGUUCAGAUCUUCAGAUGCUCAAUCAGGCUGUGUACUUAUCUACACUAUGCUUCACUAUCUAACUUUUGUGACCAAAUCAGAGAGACUAUUAGCUUUGGAAAUAUUUUUGAGCUACGGUAUGUGUAUAUGGAGAAAAUUAUUUCAUUUAAGUUUAACUUUUUUUUCUGUUGUUGAUAAAUGCUAUAUUGGCUUUUUUGUUUUCUGUACAUAUUGAGGGCUUUUACAAUUUUUGUCUCUUGUACUAUCUUUCAUCCUUUUUUUAGAUACCAUUUUCUAAAAAAAUUCCAAUUAUUCACACUGUAUAUUGUCUGAAUAGAUCUAGUCAUCAUCAUAGUCUACAAAGACUUCCCUGUAUCAUCAGUCACUCAUUGUAAAAGAUAUAUGAUCUGCUGCCUGUACAUUGUAUAUAAUUGUAAAACAAACAAAGCUGAUCAAAUUAAAUAAAAGACCCACGUGAAGACUUACAAAGAUUAGCUAGGGAUUAUAAUUGUAUACAUAUAUGUAAAAAAAAACACAAAAAGGAAUCUUGAAAGGAUGCAAAUGAGCUGCAUUUGAUUUACUAUUCUCUUCAUACUCUUCAUGACUGGAUGUGUCAGCUUAUACUUAUUUUACCGAUAGUUGAUGAGUUGGUUAGGCUACCCGGUCGGGUUGUUUUGGAUGUGGAAGUGAGGUUUUGGGUUUUGCCUGGAGACUGAAAGUGGUGUUUUGUCUGAAUGAUGUACUGUACUACUGAGAAACCCGAGCACAGUGCUGCACCGCGGCAGAAGUGGCACCUCGUCUGUUCCCCUGCCCCUCAGACAGGCCUCGUGUUUCCAUGCUCUCCUUUAAAGAGGGAGCAGGCAUCUUGCCAACAUGUAACCCUUCCCUCUGGCCUUACAUUAUGUGCAGUUUAUCCUCCUGCACUCUCAGCUAAUUAGAUCUAAUCAAACGCUGUCUGAGCGACAAAGUGAUUAUUGGACGGACACUCUACGUCUACAGUGCGUUUUUGUGUUUUGUUUUUUGUUUAAGAGUGAAUCGUCCCAUUGGCCUCGUUCUGUCUUGUAUCUGCGGGUCAUUUUGUGUGUUUGCUGUCACGGCUGCCUGAUUGAUUUUUUUUUUUUUUUUUUUUUUUUGUCCGUCAUAUAGCACCUUUCCUAAAGGCAUCGCACCUUUCAAAACGUAUCGGAUCUCAACAAGACACGGCUGAGGGAGCUUUUAACCUUGUGACCCCCCGCUAUGUAAAUUUCGCAUUAAAAUAGGGUAGUAUCAGAAUAAGAGCGGACAUCAUGUUAUUCCACGCAGUUCCCAGAUAUGAUUAAUGGAGAAUCUGCGUUCCUUUUGUUCUUUUUGACCAAUUCAAGGCUUCCUUUCAGUACCUUCUUCCCCUUGUUGCCGAUGCUGUUCAUUGCCACGGGGUGUGGUGAAGAUGUCACACAUAUGCAACGCACAUUUUUAGCUUUCUCACCGGGUCCAGCUCUUCUCUUAGUAGCCUGCUUUCAUGAAAGGCAAGAUUAGGUUGUUUUGACAGAGAUGUCAAACUGAUGUGAGGCCUAUAGGUAACAUACUUCUGUUUUUUUUUUUUUUUUUUUUUUUUUUUUUAGUAUUUAAUUUAAUUUCACAUGGCCGUCAUGCGGGAUGUGUGUGACGAAGACAUAGACAGGUCCAAAUUUUGUUUCAAGAGGACCUUAUUUUGAUUUUUAGUCAUUGGAGUGCUGCUUUACCUGUCAUUGAGAUGAAUCUGGGAUGAACCUGCAUGUUUCCUGUGCUACAAGCUAAUAUCCACAAGGGGGAGAUGUUCAAAAUGGAAGGCUGACAGGAUGGGAAAGGAGGUUUCACACACCUUGUCUUGAAUGUUUUCGUUGGUGUUGUUUGUACUGUCUUAAUCCACCAGUGUGUACCCUCGUUAAUCACAUUUGAUCAGUUCUUUUAAUAAUACAAUAAAUCAUGCAAUUUUAAAAAAAUGUACAAAUGACAAUGAACCCAACAUAAGCGGUUUGGACACUGUAACUAUAAAAGAUGAAAAGUGGAAACAAAUGCCCAUUAGCGGUGUGAUCAGCUAUUGAGGUGACAUUUGUGUGUGAUUGCGUGUGUGUGUGCGUGCGUACGUGCGUGUGUGUGUAUAAAUGCCUGUGUGAGUGGGAUGGUAAAUGUGUGAUAUGUCUUACUUUUAAGUCGGUAGGACAUGAUUUUUGGCUGCAAUUUCGACUUUCAGCUUCUGAGCUGCAUGUGAGAACCGAUGUAAAUAAUGUCAUUUCUACUCUUGACCUAAUCCUCUUUUUUGAAAUGCAAGAAAUGUUACAGAUCCAUCACAUCACCUUGGUGGGCCAGCACUAACAUGUACAAUUGGAAGUUGUUUGGUGCAUUAAAAUACUUUAUUUUUGUUUUUGUUUGUAAGGAGAUGACAAAAGUGCACAUCAGUCAUUUGGAUUAAUCGGAUAAUUCAGUUUUUUUGUUUUGUUUCUAAUGCUGUUAUUUGGUCAGGCGAAUUCAGUGUGUAAAGGGCUUGGAAGAGCAUCUGAAUUCAUAUUCCUAUUCCCUGUUGAAUCUUUGAAAAAAAAAAAAGUUGCAUCCAUUGUCCUUUGGAAAUAAAAAUCUGUAUGUAAGCCCCAGGUCUAUCCUGACUGUAAAACGAGAUGAUCGCCUGAUAUCUGCUUUGUUGGGGGAGGGUUGGAGGUAUGAGGUUCACUUUUUCCAGUCAAGUUUGACAUGUUGAGCUGAAUCAGAGUCUCAUGUCUUCAAGGUGAGUGUGAAUGUUGGACUGAAAAUAUGAAGUGAUUAAAGAUGAAAAGUUGUAAACUAUUAAAUGGGAUAUUUUCAAUUUAUGCUGUGUAUUCUUGUCUUUGGGUUGGAGAAAAUGAUCAAGAGAAUAAUAAAAAGUCAAAUAAAAA